GCUACUGAUUCAUGUCCCCAGUGCACCUCAGGCUUCCCCUGAUCGAGCGCGGGCAUACAGGAUAGUUGAGUAUGCAAGGAGGUACACAUCAGGCUUUGAUGUAUUCAGAUUGCGAUCAGACCUCCAUACAUCAAAGCCUGACUCAGUGCAGGGAACUAGGAAAUGCUUGUUUGGUGAAGGUUAAGUGUGUGCACGGUGAUCGACACAAAUAUCUGCUGAUGCCCAUCACUGUCCACUUCCGGGGAGGAAAUCAUAAUGUAGAGUCCGUGGUUAGUCCAAGCCUCACUCACUCACUGAUUCUGGGAACCGAUUGGCCAGGGUUUAGAACAUUAAUGAAACAGAUAGUUGUGGGGGUGUCCUGCAAUAGAACAUCAUGGGGGGAUCCCACGGCAAUGUUGACUGGGGAAGCGGUCCUAGGACCAUCUGCAUCAGCAUUGUGUCAUGAUGAUACAGAGAGUGGGGAGAGCCCUCCUCCCUCUCUGGGGAAUCCCUUCAGGGACUUCCCAUUGAAGCAAGCACGUGAUGAGUCUCUGAAACAUGCCUUUGACCAAGUGAAAAUAAUUGACGGUCAAAUCCUCCAGCCUAAUGUUACACUUUCCUUCCUGUACUUUUUUAUUAUUAAUGAUAGGCUGUAUCGAGUGACGCAGGACACUCGAACUAAAGAAAAGAUGACACAGUUGUUGGUCCCAAAGAGCUGCAGGGAACUUGUAUUCCAUGUAGCUCAUCAUAAUCCUAUGGCUAGGCAUUUGGGGCAGGAUAAAACACUGAAUUAUGGCCCAUUUCUAUUGGCCAGGUAUUUGUGCUGAUGUCCGCAGGUGGUGUGCGGCAUGUCACAAAUGUCAGCUGGUAAAUCCAGCAGCCACACCAAAAGUGCCAUUGCACCCAUUGCCACUGAUGGAGAGCCCCUUCAAAAGAAUUGGCAUGAAUCUCAUUGGGCCAUUAGAUUGAUCUGCACCCAGGUAUUGCUUUGUCUUAAUCAUAGUGGAUUAUGCAACAUGAUACCUGAAAGCAUGGCUGUUCUGCAAUAUCUCAGCACACAGAGUUGUGGAGGCACUCUUCUGCAUUAUCUCCCAAGUCGGGAUUCCGAAAGAAAUCCUGACUGAUCAAGGCACUACUUUUAUGUCCUGCACACUGCAUGAAUUAUACAAAUUAUUGGGGAUUAAAUCGAUUCCUACGAGUGUUUAUCAUUUACAAAUAGAUGGGCUGGUCGAACAAUUUAACCAAACCCUUAAGGACAUGAUUUGUAAGUUCGUUCACAGGGAUGCUAAAAAUUGGGACAGGUGGCUUGACCCUCUGUUGCUUGCAGUGCGUGAGGUCCCACAAGCCUCCACUGGGUUUUCCCCUUUUGAAUUGUUGUAUGGGCACAAGCUCCUUGGUGUCUUAGACAUCUUUAAAGAAAAUUGGGAGGAGGAGCCUUCUCAAAGUAAAAAUGAAAUUCAAUAUGUUCUUGACCUGAGAGCAAAACUCCAUGCACUGAGUCACAUAACCCAGGAGAAUUUGCUACAGGCCCAAGAACACCAAGCUCACCUGUACAACAGAGGGGCAUGGCUAAGGGAAUUGGCACCGGGAGAUAAAGUCCUCAUCUUCCUGGCCACCUCAAGUUCAAAAUUGCUUGCCAAGUGGCAAGGGCCCUUUGAGCUCACAUGGCAAAUUGUGGAGGUUGACUAUGAGGUCAAACCACCAGAUAGGGCCGACACAUGUCAAAUUUACCACCUCAAUCUCCUGAAACCAUGGAGAGAGGAGAUUCCUGUGGCUCUGGUGAUGGUAGUUCUAGAGACAGCAGAGCUGGGACUGGAGGUCAGUCUAAAAAUUGCACUCCAAUUCACCCUGGUCCCCUGUGGAGAACACCUUUCACCGCCCCAGAGAGCACAGGAUAUUAGGUUGCAGGAGGAAUUUUCCAAUGUGUUCUCGCCUUUCCAGUGUUGCACUAAGCUCAUACAACACCACAUUAAUAGUCCCCCAGGGGUGGUGGUGCACAGUCUCCCAUAUUGGCUCCCCAAGCACAAGAAAAAUGUGGUUUGGGAUGAACUCCAGGCUAUGCUUAAAAUGGGAGGAAUUGAGGAGCUGCACAGCAACUGGAGCAGCCUGGUGGUCUUGGUUCCCAAGACUGAUGGGUCAGUCCAGUUCUGUGUAGACUAUAGAAAAGUCAACGCGGUGUCUAAAUUUGCUGCAUUUCCGAUGCCUUGCAGUGAUUAACUGCUCAAUUGGUUUGGCAUGGCUCACUUUUACUCGACACUGGAUUUGACAAAGGGAUAUUGGCAGAUUUCCUUGACUCCAUUAUCUCAUGAGAAAAUGGCCUUUUCCACUUCAUUCCAUUGGCUUACGUGAAUUUGUCACCCUUCUUUUCAGGUUGUUCAGGGCUCCAGAGAUAUUUCAGUAUCUCAUGGACUGAAUUCUCCAUUCCCGCAAUGCAUAUGCGGCGGCCUACUUCGAUGAUAUCAUUUAUAGUAAUGAUUAGGAGCCGCAUCUACAACAUCAUGGGGUCAUUCUGAAAUUGCGGCGGCAUGCUGGGCCUCAGCGAUCACAGCAAACCUGAAGAAGUGUGCAAUUAGAUGGGUUUGUCCAGAUGAAGAAGUGCUUCAGGAUUCUGAACAAUGUAGACAACAGAAAACCGACAAACAGCAGUGAGGAAUGAAUCCUCUUAUUUACAAUAAGUAUUUCUUCGAACAUACAUUUCUUCUGACGAUAUACAGUCAGGUCCAUAAAUAUUCAGACAAUGACAAAAUUAUUGAUCCCACAGUAUAUUGGAGGUGGAUUUCAGUAAUGAGUAUGGCUUCAAAGUGCAGACUUCCAGCUUUCAUUUGAAUGUAUUUGCAUCUAAAUCUGGUUGACGUUGAAGGAAUUACAGCACUUUGUGGAUGGUACUGACACCUCAGCCCCCUUU